AUAAAGGUAUUCGCUGCCUUAAAGGGUAAAGCAGUUCGCAAGAAGGAGGCAUCUGGGUUUGUGUGUGCUCCAUCCAAUGGCACAUUUAUGAUAUUGGUGAAGGCAAAGUCGCAAUUCUUGAGGUGACGGAAAACCAUUGUGCAGCAGGAAAAUGGGUGUGAUAGGCGUGCAGCUGGUUGUUACCAUGGUGAUGGCCAGUGUCCUUCAAAAGGUCAUACCUCACUAUUCUCUUGCCCGCUGGCUCCUCUGCAAUGGCAGUUUGUACUGGUAUCAGCACCCAACAGAGGAUGAACUACGGACACUUGCAGGGAAACAACAACUAAAGGGAAAAGGCAAGAAAGACCGAAAAUAUAAUGGUCAUAUUGAGAAUAAACCUUUAACUAUUCCGAAGGACAUUGACCUGCAUUUGGAGACAAAAUCUGUUACUGAAGUGGAUGCUUUAGCUCUACACUAUUUUCCUGAGUACCAGUGGUUGGUAGAUUUUACUGUUGCAGCCACUGUGGUUUACCUUAUCACUGAAGCCUACUACAGUUUGAUGGGCCCAUCCCAGGAAAUGAAUAUUAGCAUAGUAUGGUGUAUGCUUGUUCUGGCGUUUGCAGUUAAAGUGCUCUUCUCAUUAACAACACAUUACUUCAAAGUUCAAGAUGGCGGAGAAAGGUCAUUGUGCGUUACAUUUGGAUUUUUCUUCUUUGUCAAAGCAAUGGCAAUUCUCAUUGUGACUGAGAACUACUUGGAAUUUGGACUUGAGACUGGCUUUGCAAAUUUUUCCGAGAGUGCUGUUCAGUUUCUCGAAAACCAAGGCCUUGAAACCAAAGGUCCAGUCUCGCAGCUGACUUUCAAGUUCCUUCUUGCUGUCCUGUGUUCAUUCAUUGGGGCUUUCUUGACAUUCCCUGGCUUGCGCAUUGCCCAGAUGCACCUGGAUGCACUAAACCAAACAACGGAGAAACUGACUCAGUUUCUACUCCAUAUAAACUUUUUAGCUCCUCUCUUAAUGGUUCUGCUUUGGGUGAAGCCAAUAACCAAGGAUUAUAUUCUGAAUCCACCAUUAGGCAAGGAAAGUGUGCCUUUAAUGACUGAGGACUCCUUUAAUUCCUUACGUCUCUGGAUCAUCAUUUUGUUGUGUGCAUUGAGACUGGCUUUGAUGCGUCAUCACAUGCAAGCGUAUUUAAAUUUAGCACAAAAAUGUGUGGAUCAAAUGAAGAAGGAAGCAGGCAGAAUAAGCAUUGUGGAACUACAGAAAAUGGUUGCUCGUGUGUUCUAUUACCUUUGUGUUAUUGCACUACAAUAUAUGGCCCCUCUGGUGAUGCUCCUCCACUUGACUCUGCUUCUAAAAACUCUAGGUAAUCACACAUGGGGCUUCUAUGAGGAUUCAGAUCAUUCACCGGAUGUUGGUCAUGGAUCGCACUCUCUUGUUUCUGAACUUCCGUGUCCUGAUGAAAAAACAAAAGCAACCGUUAGCCAAAUUACAAUGGCACUAGGUGGACUAAAAAACAUUUUUACUCCUCUGCUUUUUCGGGGACUGCUAUCAUUUCUCACCUGGUGGAUUGCAGUCUGCCUUUUCUCUAUAAACCUAUUUGGUUUGUUUUACCACCAGUAUUUAAUUGUGGCAUGAUUUAGACUUAAUCAUAAUGUUCAAAGGACCAACAUAAGGCCAGAUGUACUGGUACAGCACAAGUCUACAUGCAAAUAUGCCGACCGCAACAUGUCUUGUUUCAAUGUUUCCUCUGGAAUCUCAGGGUAAAUAUUGUUUAGAAUCACUGUUGAGCAAUUAAUCUUCAUUACCUCAGUGGAAGAAUACUUAACUGCUGAUUUUGAUCCUGUUAUAAGUUUUUUUUUUUUUUUUUUUUUUUUUUUUUUUUUUCUUCUUUCUUCUACUUUUUUCUUCAAAGACAUCACUCCCAUUAAACUUGUUUUGCACUCACAUUGUUCUUAGAUUUUCACCAAGUAUGGAUGACCACUCUAAAAAGAGUGCCUUUUUUUUUUUUCCAUUUACCGUUGUAUGACUUUUUUUCUAACUUUUUUUUUGUCUAACUUUUUAUCUCUGUAACUAUCUGAGCCAUAUGAAGAAAGAUGAGGUUUAACAAUAACCAAGAAAUAAAUUGUUACUACUGUUGGAGCUGUCAAUUUUUAAUGACAUAGUCCAACAGGACAGAAUGUAUUUCUACUGUAUAUUACAGUAAAGAAAGCUGUGUGGGCGUACACAAGCAACUGCGUGUUUUCCUGAACCCUUAAUAUGCCUGAACGGCAAUUGUGUUUGUCACAGGCAAAUGUUGUUCAGUAGUUUAGUUCGAUUUAAAUCUGUUUAAUCAAUGACACUUGACAGAUGUUGGUGCUAGUGUUCAAGCCACACAGGGCUGUGUGAGGUGUAUAUGCUAACGUAAUUGUUUAAUAAUCUAAAUCAUAUCGCUCAAAAUAAUCGCUUUUAAAUUGCUUGGCAAACUUGGAAUCUGGUGGUGGGGGAAAGAUAUGUUGUAUAUUAAAUAUAUAAUAUAUCUACAUUUUAAAAUCAUUUUGAAACAAUGUUGUUACAUGUAUAGAAUUAUCAAAAUUUGUCAUCCAACACUCAAUUAUUUAUGUUUCCCCCUC